GCCGCGGCUGCAGCCAGCUGCCCGCGCCCGACACCACCCACGCCACCAGGGGCAUCGACAGCGCCGUCGCCAAGGUGCUGCAGGGCUACGACUGGUCCCUCGUGCCCAUCGCCAACAAGGGAACGUCGGACAAGCGCAAGCUGCACGUGAAGCGGCCGAUGAACGCGUUCAUGGUGUGGGCGCAGGCUGCGAGGCGGAAGUUGGCCGAGCAGUACCCGCAGCUGCACAACGCCGAGCUGAGCAAGACGCUGGGGAAGCUCUGGAGGCUGCUGAGCGACGACGACAAGCGGCCGUUCGUGGAGGAGGCGGAGCGCCUGCGCAUGAUCCACAAGAGGGACCACCCCGACUACAAGUACCAGCCGCGCCGGCGCAAGGGCGGGGCCGCCGGGGGCGGAGGAGGCGCGGCCGGAGGCGGGGGCGGCGCCGGCGACGGCGGGGGCGGCGGGGGCGGCGCCCUGGCGCGCCAGCAGGAGCCGGCCGCCGCGCACGCGCACUCGCACGCCGCCGCGGGGUCGCCGCCGCCGCUGCACGCCGUCUCGCACCAGCACGGAGUCGUCUUCAGCCGCGUGUUCAAGCAGGAGGAGGCGGGCGACGCGGGCUCCAGCAGCAGCCUGUCGCUGACGCCGCCCACCACGCCGGGCAGCACCGCAGACCGCGACCGCCGCGCCGCCCACGGCUCGCCCAGCCCAACUAGCGGUCUGUGCGCGGAGCCGUCGCAGCUGGUGGCGCCGGCGUACGCGCGCUCGGGCGCCGCCUACCUGGCGGAGCUGCCUCGCUACGGCCUGCUCGACAUCAUCGACGGCGGCGGCCUCGAGCCCGCCGAGUUCGACCAGUACCUCAAGCAGUACUACUACCAGCCGGGCGCCGGCGAGAGCAACAACAACGUCAAGUACCUGCUGGAGGCGGCGGCGGCGGGCGCGGGCGCGGGCGACGUGUCGUACCACGAGCUGCAGCCGGGCAAGCUGGACGCGUACGGCCAGCAGCUGCUGGCGCCCCCGCAGCCGCAGCCGCAGCCGCAGGCGGCGCCGCCGCACGGCGGCUACGGCGCGCAGUACGCGCUGCCCAACUGCCAGUACCUGCCGCAGCGCGCCGCCUACCACGCGCCACUCGACGCCGACGCGUCGCCCGCCCACCUGUGGGCCGGCUACCCGGACUGCGGCGCCAAUCUGUGA